CGCGCCAAGCCAAGGCCAGCCGUGCCCCCCGCCCCUCGACCCGCGCAGCCUCUGCCUUCGCGCCGCUCCCUGCGGGAUCGCGCUCGCCGCAAGGACACCGCCGCGCCAGCCGACCGGGACCCUCGGGCGCCGCGGGUGGAUCGCGGCCGCUGCGGAGCCAACAUGCCCAUCACUCGGAUGCGCAUGAGACCCUGGCUAGAGAUGCAGAUUAAUUCCAACCAAAUCCCAGGGCUGAUCUGGAUUAAUAAAGAGGAGAUGAUUUUCCAGAUUCCAUGGAAGCAUGCUGCCAAGCAUGGCUGGGACAUCAACAAGGAUGCCUGUCUGUUCCGGAGCUGGGCUAUUCACACAGGUCGAUACAAAGCCGGGGAAAAGGAGCCAGAUCCUAAGACAUGGAAGGCCAACUUUCGCUGUGCCAUGAACUCCCUGCCAGAUAUUGAGGAAGUGAAGGACCAGAGCAGGAACAAAGGCAGCUCAGCUGUGCGGGUGUACCGGAUGCUCCCACCCCUCACCAAGAACCAGAGAAAAGAGAGAAAGUCCAAGUCCAGCCGAGAUGCUAAGAGCAAGGCCAAGAGGAAGUCAUGUGGUGACUCCAGUCCUGACACCUUCUCUGAUGGACUCAGCACCUCCACCCUGCCCGAUGACCACAGCAGCUACACAGCUCACGGCUACAUGGGGCAGGAUUUGGAGGUUGAGCGGGACCUUACUCCAGCAUUGUCACCGUGUGCCGUUACCAGUACUCUCCCUGACUGGCACAUCCCAGAGAUAGUGCCGGACAGCACCAGUGACCUCUACAGCUUCCAGGUGUCACCUAUGCCCUCCACUUCUGAAGCCACAACAGAUGAGGACGAAGAAGGGAAAUUAACUGAGGACAUCAUGAAGCUCUUGGAGCAGACGGGGUGGCAGCCGACAAACGUGGAUGGCAAGGGGUACCUGCUAAAUGAACCUGGGACUCAGCCCCCCUCUCUCUAUGGAGACUUCAGCUGCAAGGACGAACCAGAAGUUGACAGCCCUGGGGGGUAUGUUGGGCUGAUCUCUUCAGAUCUGAAGAACAUGGACACCAGCUGGCUGGACAGCCUGUUGACUCCAGUCAGACUGCCCUCCAUCCAGGCCAUUCCUUGUGCACCAUAGCUGGGCCCUGGCCCCUUUGACUCCCCUAGGUGUUGAGCAGGACCUGGCAUCAUGGUUGCCAUGAUGCAAAGAAACAGGAUUCCUGUGGGCUCCUUGACAUGGCAGAGAAUGACUCCAUUGCUGAGCAGGGAUGGAACCUCCCUCCUUAGGACAGUGACCCUUUAGGUUCUGUUAGGCCAGGGUCUGGGCUCAUCUUGUGGGGUAAAGCUGGCCCUGCCUCCUGGGAAGAUGGGAUUAUGAGAUUGAUGUGUCAGAUGGAACUCUCAGAGAGGAGUCAGCCUCCAGCUUUCCCCCUCAGCCCGACUGCCUUGAAAGGGUCUCGCUGUUGCUGAGGUGGCCCAAGGGAACAGACCAGUGACCUCAGAGAAGCACAGCACCAACCCCAGGGCUGGCUCUGCACUAAGAGACAAUUGCACUAAGGGAAUCCUGUUCCCAGAGACCCUCCCCCCCUUCCCAGCUGAGCCCUAGGGACUGUUCCAAAGCCAGUGAAAUGUGAAGGAAACGGGGCCCUGCAGGACAGUGCUCCCUCAGCUGUAGAGGAGCUCCGCCCUGCUUGGGCUCAGGGGCUUGGGAAAGAACAUGGCACUUUUUCUUGUGGACCUUGCCACUUUUCUGAUCAGAGGUGUACACUAACGUCUCCCCCAAGCUCUCAGCCUUUACAUUUAUUUAUGUUGUGCCUUGCCCUGCGCCCACCUGCCCCCUCAGGCAGGCCCUGGCAGCCCUCAGCAGGCCCUGGGAGGGAAGUGGGAGCGUCUUGGUGUGAUUUUUAAAAUUGGAAACGCCAUCUAACCACUAAGUCAUGUGUGACCACAUAUGUACAUGUGUGUAAAUAUGUACAUUUAUCUUUUUAUAAAAAGUUAAUUGUUUAUAAA